CUCGCAUAUUCCGACCCUCUCUUCCGCUCGCUCUCUCUCACACAUAAGAACAAAUACCCCAGUGUCACCGCUUAAUUACGGAAGUAGACCGUGAGGAAAUGAAGGAAAAGGAGAAUUCUCAGCCCCUGAGUCUAAUCCCUGGCUUACCGGAUGAGAUUGCCCUCGACUGCCUCGUUCGGGUCCCGUACCGAUUCCACUCGGGUCUGAAAUCGGUCUGCCGAGGGUGGAACGAUCUCCUCGCUCAUCCUUCAUUCUAUCGACAGAGGAGGAUAUCUGGCAAGGGCGAGGAAUUCAUCUGCCUCGUCCAGGCCCUCGUUCCGAAUACCGACGCGGUAGCGGAUUCGUAUGCGGGCAAGGAGGAGAAGCCCCGUUCCCGAGCCCACUCCCCGCCCGUGUAUGGCCUCACCCUCUACAACGCCCGCGACGCUACGUGGCAGCGGAUGCCUCCACCGCCCACACUCUCGGCGGGAAUCCCGACGUUCUGUCAGUGCGUGGCCGUAGGGAGGUCCAAGCUCGUCCUGCUCGGGGGAUGGGACCCGGUCACGCUCAACUCGGUUGCCGACGUGUACGUCUGCGAUCUGACGCGCGGCGGCGGGUGGCGCCGAGGCGCGCCAAUGUCCACCGCACGUUCCUUCUUCGCCUGCGCGGCUGUGGGCCCCACCUCAGUCUAUGUGGCGGGCGGCCAUGACAAUCAGAAGAACGCGCUCCGGUCAGCGGAGGUGUAUGACGUGGAGUCGGACACCUGGCGAGCCCUCCCGCCCAUGGCUGAGGAGCGAGAUGAGUGCCGGGGGCUGGCUUGCGGGGCCUGCCGGUUUUGGGUUGUGAGCGGGUACGACACCGAGAGCCAAGGCAGGUUCAGCUCAGCCGCCGAGUGCUAUGACCCGGUCCGCGGGGUGUGGACCCAAGUUGAUGGGGUCUGGCCAUUUCCUAACGCUAGCCCUGUCGCUUCCUUUUGUUGGUCAGGACAGCAGAAAAAUACCGAAGUAACAAAAGUCCAACCGAGCUACGACUCGUUACAUUUUCCGUCCCUAUGGUUUUUGGACAUUAAUCAUAAAAGUGUAAGAGAAUUCCACCCAACAAACAAGACUUGGAAGAUUGCGUCCUCGAUGCCCGACUUCAUCUCUUCUUCUCCUUGUGUGGUCCUGAUCGGCGGAGAUUCUUCUCCUUCCUUGCAUAAGAUGUUUGUGAUCGGCUCUGAUACUAGUGAUGGUGGCCAACGUCGCCAUCAGGCCUGUGUGCUGGACGUAAGCAGCCGUAAGUGGACCCGCAUCGACACUCCAGUGGACUAUUCAGGCUUUGUUUAUUCGGCAUCCUCACUCUACCUUUGAGCUGGUCUACGUUUGGUAUUUUGAGCAUGUAGCAGGCGCACCAAACCAUGUAGAGCAUGUUUUCUUGUCACCUUUAUGUUUAAUACUUUAAUACAAAGUGGUGCAUUUCUUAUA